AUGGAAAUCGCCACGGAGUCGAGAAGCAGUAAGGAGUUAGGAAAGGAGUUAGGAAAGGAGUUAGGAAAAGAGAACCAUGGUAGUAUGAUGGCCACGUCAGAGCGUGAUGUCAUCGACUUCUCUGCGUUGGAGCUGGAGCUGCAGGCGGCGGUGGAGUCUGAGCGCAGAUACCAGCGAGAGAACCAGGCCAAGCUGAGGGCGGUCAGCCAGAGAGUCGCCUCCUACCAGGAGUUCAGAGACCUGGUCCUGACCUGUCACCUGAAACCUCUGGAGAAGAAAGACAAAGACGGAGCUCCACGGAAACAGCCCUGGAACCCCGUUGCCCCGAGCAACAAAUGA